AUGUCGGACAACGGCGAGGUCGAGGUUGAAAACCCAGUCAGCAGCUGGCCAGUGCUGCCCAAAGACGUCACCGCAGAACUCGGCAGCAUCAAGCUGUUCAACAAAUGGAGUUACGAAGACGUUGAAGUCAGAGAUAUUUCGUUGACCGAUUACAUCCAAAUCCGAUCACCCGUCUACAUCUCCCACUCCGCCGGUCGUUAUGCCGCAAAGCGAUUCCGAAAGGCACAAUGCCCUAUCAUCGAGCGGUUGACAAAUUCUCUCAUGAUGAACGGUCGCAACAACGGCAAGAAGUUGAUGGCUAUCCGAAUUGUGGCACAUGCUUUUGAGAUCAUCCACAUCAUGACCGACCAGAACCCUAUUCAAAUUGCAGUCGAUGCCAUCGUCAACUGCGGUCCCCGUGAAGACAGCACCAGAAUUGGAAGCGCCGGUACUGUUCGAAGACAAGCCGUCGAUGUCUCCCCUCUCCGGCGUGUCAACCAGGCCAUUGCCCUCCUCACCAUCGGUGCCCGCGAGGCUGCUUUCCGAAACGUCAAGAGCAUUGCUGAAUGCCUUGCUGAAGAGCUAAUCAAUGCUGCGAAGGGAAGCAGCAACUCCUACGCCAUCAAGAAGAAGGAUGAGUUGGAGCGUGUCGCCAAGAGCAAUCGGUAA